AUGGGAAAGCCCAAGCGCAACGUCCUGGCAGCCGCCGAGGAGACGUUGACGCCUCCGGAAACCCUCCCGCCCAACCAGUCGCUCGUCCGCGUGGUCAAGCCGGAAGGCAACAACCUCUACACCUGCGAGCUCCCGGACCGCAAGCCGGUCGUGCUAGAGCUCGCCCAGCGCUUCCGCAACACCAUCUGGAUCAGGCGCGGCGGCUACGUCCUGGCGGAGAGAUACGCCCCGGGGCCGCGUGACAGCCGCGCCCAAGGCGAAAUCGUCAACGUCGUUCGAGACGAGAAGCUCUGGCGGAAGCAGCCGUACUGGCCAAAGGAAUUCGGCAAGCCAGCGUACGACCUGGUCGACGACGGCGACGACAGCUCCUCCAACGUCGGGAGGAUGCCGCCGAGCGACUCGGAACAUGAAGAUUGA